CACUCCAGGCCAGGACUGCAGCCGGCUCUCUGCGCCCGCAGGACAGACGGAAGGCGAGGAAAGUUUACCCAGGAAGUUCACUUUUCCCACCGGGGAGCGUGGAAGUCCAUCCAGUAUGAUCCUGCCGAAUUCCACGGCUGGGACAUGGUUUCUGACCACCUGGUGGCCAGGGACAAUUCCGCAGGGCAGCAACGCGUCCGUGUCAGGCCUGGCCCGCAGGGCGCCCCCGCUUGGGGACGAUGGCAGGCUGGAGGCGCUCUACAUCCUCAUGGUGCUGGGCUUCUUCGGUUUCUUCACCCUGGGCAUCAUGCUGAGUUACAUCCGCUCCAAGAAGCUGGAGCACUCGCACGACCCGUUCAACGUGUACAUCGAGUCGGACGCCUGGCAGGUGAAGGACAAGGCCGUGUUCCAGGCCCGAGUCCUGGAGAGCUUCAGAGCCUGUUAUGUCCUUGAAAACCAGGCGGCUGUAGAACAGCCCCACACCCACCUUCCCGAGCCCAGGCCUUCAUCAGGGGUCCCAGCGGACGGUCAGGAGCACCGCAUGGCAACCCCGUCUUUUGAAUAAUUCUCUUCUCUCCCGUAUGAAUUCCUCCGGAUUUCUUGUGCUACUGUCAGGUGAAGGAGAAAUUAGGGACACCCUUUUUUAUCUGAAAUCCUAUUUCUUCUGUACUAGACUAUUAUUUUGUUCCCUCCAUGUCUGUCUUUGUCUCGUUAGGUCUGGCAGCUUUUUAAUUAGCUGUCAACAUGUAAAAAAUUAAGAGAUUGCACAGCUUCUCUUACAAAAACCAGAAA